UGCAAGUGCUUUGCAUAAGGGUUCUACUUGGUUUCGUCUUAUAAAUAUUCCCAGACACUACCCGAAAUCAUGGCUGAUCAAGUGGCUACUAUGUGCGAUCAGCUUAUUAAAGCUGUAAAUGUGAUGAUGGAUGCAGAAUCAAGCGAAGUAUACCGACUGGAGGCCUUAAAGUUUUUUGAAGAGUUCAAAGAGAUGUGUCCUUUAUGUGUACCAUGUGGCUUACAAUUGGCUGAGAAAGACCAGACAGCGGUUGUAAGGCACUUCGGUCUGCAAAUCCUUGAACAUGUCAUCAAGUUCCAAUGGAAUAAUAUGCCACAGCAAGAGAAAUUACAGCUGAAGAAUUGUGCCAUGCAGCUGUUAUCAGAUGGAACCCAUUCCAUCUUGGAAGAGGAGAGUCAUAUUAAAGAUGCCCUGUCACGCAUCAUAGUUGAGAUGAUAAAGCGAGAAUGGCCUCAACAUUGGCCUGAUAUGCUGAAAGAAAUGGAGACUCUCAGUGGCUUAGGGGAGGCUCAGACCGAGCUGGUGAUGUUGAUCCUUCUGCGGCUGGCCGAGGAUGUGAUUACCUUUCAGACGUUGCCCCCCCAGCGGCGCCGAGACAUCCAACAGACCCUCACCCAAAACAUGGACAACAUCUUUAGCUUCAUGCUGACCAUAUUACAGAUGAAUGUUGACAACUUUCGCAAACUGAAAAUAAUACCUGGACAAGAAUUGCAGGCCAAGGCCCACUGUCGAGUUGCUGUGGUGACGUUGAACACACUUGCAGGCUACAUAGAUUGGGUGGCCCUGGCCCACAUUACCAGUGACAACUGUCAGCUUUUGAAGAUGCUGUGUCUGUUACUUAGUGAGACAGAGCUGCAACUGGAGGCAGUGGAGUGCCUGCUCAUCGCCAUCAGCAGGAAGGGCAAGUUGGAGGACAGGAAGCCAUUUAUGCUGCUGUUUGAUGAUGUGGCCAUUCACUACAUCCUUUCGGCGGCCCAGUCAGCAGAUGGUGCAGUUAUAUGUAACGACUACUCUCCGACACAACCAGUGAAGACAUUGGGAGUAGUGGAGAGACAUUACAGCUUCCUGAAGAGACUGUGUCAGGUCCUUUGUGCCCUGGGCUCCCAACUCUGUUUAUUAGUGGGUUCAGAUGCAGAAGUAGAGGUUCCUCCCAACAUCUGCAAGUACAUGGAAGCCUUCUUGGCCUUCACCACACACCCCAGUUUGUUUUUAAAGUUUUCCACUCAGAUUACAUGGGGCGCUCUCUUCAAACAUGAAAUUCUGUCAAAGGACCCAGCUGUGAAGGAGACGGCGCUCGAGUACCUCAGAGCAACAAUGACCAACCUAGUCAAGACUGGCUUUCCUUCCAAGAAGGACAGCCCAAGCUGUGAGUACUCGCGUGUAGACUUUGACAGCGACGAGGACUUCAACUCAUUCUUUAUCUCAUUCCGAGCGCAGCAAGGUGAGGUGGUGAGGGGCGCAUGUCGCAUCACUCCUCUUGAAGCCUUUCAGAUGGCAUCGGAUUGGUUACAGUACCAAAUCGCCAGCCCCAUUGACACAGGGAACAUCACCCCCAGAAUGCCCGAUGGCCGGUGCUCUCUCCUCUCCCCAUCAGUGGUCAAGUGGGAUGCCAUGACAGUUUUCACAGAGUGUGUGGUCACCCAGACUUUGAAAAUUCUGGACGAAGAGAAGCUGCCCAUAGACCAGGGCAUAGAGCUCUUGCAGGCUGUGCUGGACUACAACACCAAAGACCCACUCAUCCUAUCCUAUGUCCUCACCAAUGUCUCUGCCCUCUUCCCCUUUGUCAUACACAGACCUCAAUUCUUGCCCAAGGUCCUCUUCAAGCUGUUAACCGCCAUCACCUUUGAGGUUGUCCAGGAAAACAAGGCACUCCGGAGCAGAGCCGUAAAGAAUGUCAGAAGACAUGCCAGCUCUUCCAUCAUCAAGAUGUGCCGAGACUACCCACAAUUCAUUUUCCCUUGUUUUGACAUGCUCUACAGCCAUGUGAAGAAGCUGUUCUCCAGCGACGGCUCAUUGACUCAGAUGGAGAAAUGUGCGCUAAUGGAGUCCCUGGUGCUUAUUAGUAACCAGCUCAAAGACUUCGACAAGCAGAAGGCCUUCCUGGAAGAACUCAUGGCCUCAGUGGUUACACAGUGGACCUCGGAUGAGAUAAAGCAUGUUUUGUGCGACCCUGCCCUGUUCCUGUCCUUUGUCGGUGCUGAUCAAGUGAUCAGCGAGCAAAACAAAGAAGCGGACACAGUGGUGAUUAACAGGACACAGUUGAUUUCUUGGUUGUGCACCACCUUAGGGGUGGUGAAGAGGGCACGCUGGCCAGCAGACCUGGAGGAGGCCAAGGCUGGGGGCUUUGUGGUAGGUUACAACCCUGCUGGGGCUCCCAUCUACCAAAAUCCCUGCACCAAUCUGAUUCUGGCUCUACUGCCCAGCCUCCUCACUCUCAUAAAAACUCAUAACAGCCUGUUCAUGACAGAAAACAUGGCCCGUCUGAGUGAGACCUUCUCCGGAGUGCACGAGUUGUUAGAUGUGGAUAAGAACAUAGUUCUCGGUCUUCCUCAGCCUCUGCAAGACAUCGACUCUCCAGUGUACAAAACCAACCUGGAGCGUAUGCAAGGAUUUUUUGGGACAGUGUAUGAAAACUGCUUCCAUAUCCUGGGGAAUGCAGGUCUAUCCCUUCAGCAGGACUUCUACACCAUUGAGGGUUUGGCUGGAAAAAUAGUUGACUCCGCCUUUUUCGUUCUCGAUCAUGUGCCUGACCACAGGCUCCGGCUUAUGAUUCGUGUGUUUGUGAAGCAGCUGGUGCUAUCAUGUCCUCAGGAGUACCAUGAGAGUCUUCUCUGCCCCCUGCUGGGACCUCUGUUAGUCUACAUGAUUCAGAGACUCAAUGUCAAGUGGGAGAUCAUUAACCUGAGGAGUACUAUGAAUGAUGAUGAUGCUGAGGAGGUUGUAUUGGAGGACAGCCAGGUAACCCAGGAAAUGAUGGAGGAGCAACUGGUGCGCCUGCUUACCAAAGAGAUUCUUGACCUUCUCACUGCGAGCUGCAUUUCCCGCAAAGUGCCUGAACCAGCAGGGAACAAGGAAGAAGGAGAUGAUGAAGAAAUGAUCACAGACUUGCCUCAGACAGUCUCCGCUACACAGCCAACAGAUGAGCUAACCGAGCUGGGAAAAUGCCUGGCGAAACACGAGGACAUCUACAUGAAUCUGUUGACCUUCUCCUUCACCUCGCUGUCAUGGAAGGACGCUAGCAUCUGUCACCGCACUGCUUCCAUGGUCUGCUGGACCCUGCUGCGACAGGUUGUAAGCUGUAGCCUUCUCUCUGAGGCAGUGGUGUGGUUCUACACCAGUGUUCUGAAGGGCCUGCAGAUGCAUGGGCAGCACGAGUUCUGCAACAACACACUCACACAGCUGGCCAUGCUCAUCUACGAUAACUUGCGGCCGCGCUACAUGGAACUGAGAAAUGUGAUGAACCAGAUCCCUGACAUCAAUAUGGAAGCUCUGGAACAGUAUGAUCACAGGUUGAUGGACCCCAACCCCAAUGCCCAGAAAGUCAGCGAUAAGAAGAAAAAGGACCAGUUUAAGAAACUCGUUGCUGGAGCUGUGGGGAAAGCCCUGUGCCAGCAGUUCAGAAAGGAGGUUCAUAUCCGGAAUCUUCCAUCCCUCUUUAAAAAGCCCAAGCCAGAGAAAGACGUUAUGAGCGAAGAAGGCUUGGCUCUGGAAUCUCUCUUUUCUCCGGAGUGUGGAAACCUUUAGGAUCACAUAGAGGCUCCAAUACACAUACUGGACCACAGAAGCAGUCGUAUGUACACACCAGACUUUCCCGUACCUUUCUUUAUACAGGGCAGUGCCAGCCUGGAUCCCGUGUCUUGUCACCAUGCUCCCGUUUUUGCUCUUCCUCCGUCAUGCUUCUGCGAUGUCCUUACUUUGUUAAUCGCCCAUUUUUUUUAAAUUUUUUAUUUUUUUGGAAUCAGAAUAUUUUAUUCAUCCCCAGGGGGAAAUUGGGUUACAUUGUUUGGUUAUUUGGUUAUUGUUUGGUUAAAUUGAGUUAUAUUGUUUGGUUAUUUGGUUAUUGUUUGUUUAAAUUGGGUUAAAUUGUUAUUUGCAAUCUUUUCACCAGUUGUUUGAACCAGUUGUUCAUUAAAGUCAAGUCAAGUCAGUUUUAUUUGUGUAGCCCAAUAUCACAAAUUUGUAGCCCAAUAUCACAAAUUUUGCCUCAAGGGGUUUUACAGCAACAAAACAUGUAAAUACCAUUCAAUGUCAAACACUUUUUUUUGACAAGGAGUGAGUUCUAGAAAGCAGAUUAGGAUGCUACAUAGGAUAAGAAGUUGUCUUUAAAUUUGAAUCACUGGACGGCCUGAAUUCUGUUGCUGACUUUGCUCACAGAUGCAUUUUUGAUCUUUUUCAAGGGUUCUCUUGUCAACAGUAUAUAAUUUCUAUGAGUCAAAUUAAGCAUAGUAAAUACAAAGCAGGGAAUCACACUUGAAACCCCAUUUUGGAUUGAAGGAUUUUAAAAAAAAAUAAAAUUAAUAAAGCUGGCGUACAAGUAAUCCAGUAGGUUAAUUUUAAAAUGGUAUGUGUUUUUGAGUUUGGAAUAUUCCUCGGCUCCCCAGUUAAUUUCAGACCUCGACCUUGGCAGGUAUAGUUUUGAAGCAUAGAGGCUGCAGGAAAACUGAGAUGCUACACCACCCUGGGCUUAUAU